AAUUGGAAGAAAUCGCACACUACCCAAAUUAAUUCUCUUUUGUCCCUCCUAGCUAAGAAAAAUGUUGAGCAACAUAGUCUUUUCAAAAGUUACGAUCGUACUAUGGCUAUUGAGCAUAUUGCUCACACCAGCACAAUCACAUCCACGACGGUUGUCAGCAUUCCACCCACCCAAAGACCUUGCUCCAAAGUUUACACGAAACCCUCAAGCCCUCUCACUAGCCUCAAAUGAUUUCGGGAAAAUAGUUCACAAAACCCCAAAAGCAGUUUUUGAGCCAUGUUCCGUUGAAGAUAUCUCAGCUUUGAUAAACUUCUCAAACUCUCUUCCCACUCCUUUCACCAUAGCCACUAGAGGGCGAGCCCACUCGGUUAGUGGUCAAGCCAUGACGCAAGAUGGGGUGGUGCUGAACAUGACUAACCUAAAUGCUUUCAAACAUGGGUCAAGAAUUAAGGUUGUUUGUGAUGGGAAGAGUUCAUGGGGUUGUUAUGCUGAUGUGGGUGGUGAGCAAUUGUGGAUUGAUGUGUUGAAUGCAACCCUUAAACAUGGACUCACUCCUCUCUCUUUUACUGAUUAUUUGUAUUUGACGGUUGGGGGCACGCUCUCUAAUGCUGGCAUCAAUGGUGGAACCUUUCUGUUGGGACCACAGAUCUCCAAUGUUCUUGAAUUGGAUGUUGUUACAGGGAAAGGAAAAUUUGUGACUUGCUCUCCCGAGAAAAAUUCAGAAGUAUUUUAUGCUGUUCUUGGAGGAUUAGGUCAAUUUGGAGUGAUAACAAGAGCAAGAAUACCUCUAAGACCUUCACCUACGAGGGUUUAUUGGAUCCAUUUGCUUUACAACAACUUCACGACAUUUUCUAAAGACCAAGAAUAUUUGAUCUCAUUUAAUGAAAGGAGUGAUACUAAUGCAGCAGAUUAUAUAGAAGGUCAACUUCUACUGAUCAAUCAAUCGCCACUAGACCUUUCCUUUUACGAACCUUCUGAUCAACAAAGAAUAACUUCCUUGGUAACUCAAUAUGGCAUUAUCUAUGUCUUAGAGAUUGCCAAAUAUUAUGACAACAACAAUGAAGCACGUGUCGAACAGGAAGUCGCAAAUUUGGUCAAAGGGUUAAAUUUUUUACCCACAUUUAUGUUUAAAAAAAAUGUAUCAUACGAGGAGUUUCUGGGUAGAGUUCAUGCUUCGGAGCUAUUACUUACGUCGCAAGGAGUUUGGGAUGUUCCUCAUCCUUGGCUGAACAUGUUUGUUCCAAGUUCUCAAAUCUCAGAUUUUAAUGAAGGUGUAUUCAAGGACAUUAUUCUUAAGCAAAAUAUUUCUCCCGGUGGUUGUUUAGUCUACCCCAUGAAUCGAAACAAGUGGGAUGAUAGGAUGUCAGCAGUUACACCGAAAGAAGAUGUUUUCUAUUCUGUAAAUCUUUUUCGUUUUGCGGUUCAAAAUGUGGAGAAAUAUGAAGUUCAAAACCAAAAAAUAUUACAGUUCUGUAAAGAUGCAGAUAUUAAGAUCAAGGAAUAUCUUGCCGGUAACAAAACACAUCAAGAAUGGGUGGAACACUUUGGCCUCAAAUGGAAACUUUUCAAAGAUAGAAAAGCUAAAUUUGAUCCCAACAGAAUAUUAUCACCUGGUCAAGGAAUUUUCCAAUAAACAAUGUGUUGUGUUAUAUUCCCAAUGUCAUAUGUUAUGGGUGUUUUAUUUCAUAUUUUUAAUUGAUGAGCGUGUUAGAAACAUUCAGAGCUCUGGAAAUAACUUGAUGUAUGAGUGAAAUGACUUAUUUGAAAAUUUAUGGAAUAAAAAUUUAUAUGAGUUUGAAUUUCUUA